CAACAGGGAGGAGAAAUUUUUCAGCAGUUUAAAAUAAACCACAGAUAUACAGAGGCAGAUUCAGACCUUAUAAGAAAAUCAUGUCGGGUUUCCUGCACGCGCCAAUGGCUUACGCAAUCCCGCCUUCACUUUCUUCUCAAUCUGUUCGUAGGCCAAUGACCAUGAAGCUCAGUUGUUGCCGCGCUUUCGCUGCCAAAAACGCUGCUAAAUUGCCCAUUCCUCCGAUAAACCCUAAGGAUCCAUUUCUUUCGAAGCUCGCUUCUGUUGCCGCUUCUUCCCCCGAGACGAUUCUUAACCGUCCGGUUAAUCCCGAUACGCCGCCGUAUUUGGAUUUGUUUGAUUCUCCUAAGCUCAUGGCUACUCCUGCUCAAGUGGAAAGAUCAGUGUCGUACAAUGAACACAGGCCGAAGAGCCCUCCUCCGGACUUACCUUCAUUGCUUCUUCACGGUAGAAUAGUUUACAUUGGCAUGCCGCUUGUGCCUGCUGUGACCGAGCUUAUAGUUGCGGAGCUUAUGUAUCUUCAAUGGAUGGAUCCCAAGCAGCCAAUAUAUCUUUACAUAAAUUCUACUGGAACAACUCGUGAUGAUGGUGAAACGGUUGGGAUGGAGACUGAGGGUUUUGCUAUCUAUGAUGCACUUAUGCAGUUACAAAAUGAGGUGCAUACAGUUGCUGUUGGGGCAGCUGUAGGUCAGGCUUGUCUCUUACUUUCUUCUCGAACUAAAGGCCAUCGGUUCAUGAUGCCUCACGCCAAAGCUAUGAUCCAACAGCCUCGUGUCCCAUCCUCUGGCUUGAUGCCUGCAAAUGAUGUUCUUAUACGUGCCAAAGAGGCAAUAACAAACAGGGACACACUUGUUGAACUUCUUGCUAAGCACACUGGAAAUUCUGUGGAGACAGUAGCCAAUGUGAUGAGAAGACCAUUUUAUAUGGAUGCUAACAGAGCUAAAGAGUUUGGGGUCAUUGACAAGAUCCUUUGGCGUGGUCAGGAAAAGGUGAUGGCAGAAGUUGCUGCUCCAGAAGAGUGGGACAAGAAUGCUGGCAUCAAAGUUAUGGAUGGCUUUUAGUAUCUGCCUGGUCGACCCUUGUCAUUGUAUGUAAGAAAGACCCUUUUCUUAACUAAUCAUGGUAGAGGCACCUUACCAUCUUUUGAGGAGUCUUUAAUAUGAAGGAACACCAUUAUUUUAUUACACGGUACAGAUACGAUAAGAAUUUUGAUGAUAUGUUUCAGCUGGAGUAGGUUGCAAUUCGAUAGAGCAUACUCGAUGGAGAUGUGGAAAGCAGUGAUGCACAGACAAAUUUAAAAGUAAGAUACCAUAUAAAUGGUCCUGAAAUUUUGUUGUCAAAUUCUGUCUUUAUCUCGCAGAUUGUGUGAUUGUUUUAGCAGAGUCAUUUGAUGCCAUUGUUGAGCAUUGCAAAAACCAGUUUUCUUCAAUACCGAUUGCAUUUCCAUUUGUUAGUA